GACACUGCUGCCUCGUUCCAAAUUCACCAGGGAAUAUUUUGCUGCCUUCACCACUGUGUUCUUCUCUUGGCUGGUCGGAAAAUGCGAGGUGAGAGAAUCAGAGCUCGAUGGAAGAAGGGAAAGAAUGUCGUCCACAUAAAGAAGUGCAGGUUUUUGGAAGAAACCAACUGUGUGGGCAUGUGCCUUAAUCUCUGUAAAAUGCCUUGCCAAACAUUUAUCAAAGACUCCCUAGGAGUGCCGGUCAACAUGGUACCAAAUUUUGAUGACAUGAGUUGCCAGAUGAUAUUCGGGCAAGAUCCUCCGGCGAUAAGUGAUGAUCCAGCAUUCAAACAGCCAUGCAUUAAAUUAUGCAAGGCAAAGCAAAAGCAUAGUGCAACAUGCACCAAUUGAUGCAGAGAGACAGAGAAGGGGAAUGAUGGACAGUUGCAUUACCAAUACGUGGACCCAAAUAAUUCUUUGUAGUAGAUAGACAAAGGCCUAGCCAUGACUUUUUUCCCCUUUAAGUUGUUCAUCAUAUUUAUCACCCAAGAAAUUAUGUAUCUGAAAAAUAUCAAGAUAUACCUAUCAUGAUGUGUAUAGAGGUACACUCUUGCAUUGUAAAAGCUAUUUAAGCAAGGCACUCAUU